AUGGAGUUUUUGGAUUCGCCUUUGAACCAGGCUCACUUUUUUGCAAACAAGGCAGAAGCAGCCUACAAGAAAAAAAAUUGGGAUGCUGCCAUACAGUACCACCAACAAGCUGCAGAAUUCUUGGCUGAAGCAAAAGGUUUGAUCAGUGACGGAACAGGUUUGGAGUCUAUAGUUCUUCAAGAAAAAUAUCAUUUAAGACAAGUGGAACUGCUCAUUGUUAGGAAAGAAAAAGCUGCUACAGAACAAAAACCAUCAAGCCCAAAUACAGUAGAUGAAGUGAGGAGUCAGUCAUGUCAACUGAGCAGAGUCAUCUAUGAUUGGACAGUUGGCUAG